CUUAUGAUAAAAAUAGAUGCACAAUAGGUUUUCAUCUAUAAAACCUUCCUCCACAAUUCCAUUCAACACCAACGAAAAUGAGCAGCAACAUACCAUCUCAAGAAACUUUCUUGUACAAAGGAAAAUGGACAGCAGAGGUGGACUCCAUGCUAUUGUCGGUGAUCACCCGAUCCAAGAUGAAGCAACGAUGGAGUGGAACUGUCAUACCGAUACCCAUUCUUGAGGAGGCAGUGGCUGCUAUAGCCUCUGACACUGAUUUGGUGUUCACUUGGCGUGAGUUGUAUGAACGUUUUCAAUUUUUCGAGGUUCGUUUUCGAACAUUCGACCUAGUGGUUCAUACUCGUGGCGUUCAUUGGAAUGUGAAUACCAACUUGGUUAAUGCCCCUGAACAAGUGUGGAAGGAAAUUUACAAGAGAAAUACGCUAGUUGCGGCAUACCAUCACUAUGGUGAUCCCGAGUAUCAUAAGCUCGCCCAGCUUUUUGGUGUUACCGAGCCGAAGAAAGAACCAAAUUCCGACAACGACGUCGUCGUCUUAUCCGACACAACUGUGCCGAUUGUUGGUCAAGAAUAUCCACCGAGUCCUAGGGGUGGGGAGUAUGACCCAUCUGGAGCGGCAAGUGAAUCCGUGUGCUCCCCGAUUCUUCACAAUGUAGCACCCCCAAGACGCAAAUUGUUUGCUGAUGCGUACCAAAAUUUGGAUAAUGAGUCUGGCAAUGAAAGUGAUCAUGUUUUUCUAGCUCCACGAAAUAAGAGUGAUCUGAAGGGGAAGGCUUCGUCUUUUGACCACUCGAAGUCGCGUUCAAAACCUUUCAACCCGGUUGCAUCUCCUCGUGGCAGCUCUUGUGGGUCCAAUAGCCCAAACCAAUGGUGGAGAAACAACUUCAAGUAAAUUGGAUGCAUGUACCUGAUGAAGAACUAUCACCGUAGGUUUGUUAGCUGAAAUUAAGAGUGGUUUAUCAUUAUAUGUUUGUUUUGUGUUGUAGUUUCUAGGUUUAUUGCCAGAAGACACCACUUGUGGUGUGUGUGAUUUGUAUUUCGUUUCUUAUGUGCUAUGAAUUUGUAUUGAGAUGGUUA